ACCAUGUCUUUAGAAUCUAUUCCUAAGGAUCUUCGAGGACUACGAGCUUGUAAGCUAUGUUCUAUGGUAAAGUCAUUUGAUCAGUUUCUCUAUACUGGAUGUGAUAAUUGUGAGAGAUAUCUUCAUCUUAAAGGAAACAGAGGAAAAGUCAAUGAUUGUACUAGUUCAAAUUUUGAUGGGAUGAUAGCUAUGAUGGGUAAUGAAGAUAGCUGGGUAGCUAAAUGGCAGAGAAUAGAUAAAUUUACUAAGGGAUGUUAUGCAAUAUCAGUAUCAGGAGAACUUCCGGAAGAUGUGCUAGAUGAGCUAAGAGAAAGAGGUGUGGUCUAUCAAUCUAGAGAUACAUCAGACAGAGCCUAA